AGUGAGAACAGAACAUAGGUUCAUUCUGCUGUCACAGGUUUCGUCUGUUCCAAAAGGACACACAUUAAAAAACAUACAAUAUACGUCACGCUGGCGUAGCCCUCCUACGUCACCGGAACUGAGAACAUGGCGCCUCUCCUCCCCGAGCUCACCUGUCACUGCGGAGGGCGCGAGCGGCCGGGCCGACCGACUCUCUGCCGGACCGACGCCUCCGUGUCCCGGUCGUGAAUCUCCGGUUGAAUCCGCUGUCCGUUCACCGAGAAGGAGGAGCCGCCGCUGGGUUUGUUUCCGAGCAGCGCCGACAGGAGCUCCGCAGAGACGAGGCACCGAUCCGUCAGCGAUAACAAGACCGGAAACCAGAGAGGCUCACCUUCAAAAUAAAACCUGAAACAAAACAACCGGAAGCCAUCGGGUUUACCUGCAGAAUAAAACCUGGAACUUCGGGUGAAUCAUAAAUGGACAUGUAGAGCUGAGAAGUGAACGCACGCUGUGGACGGAGUGAAAUGGAAAGAAGCGGAAACAGCAUGGACAAGCCCUCACCAUGUCAUCAUCAUCAUGACCCCGCCUCAUCUGCUGACGUCAUCACCCAGGGUCAUACCACCAGUCCGUGGUGUUCACAUCACUGCGAUUAUGGCCCACAAGGACCAAUCAGAAGCUGCUCUGAUGUCAGGAAGGCAUGUGACGACCAGGGGGCGGGGCCUGAUACAAGUGAUGAUGUCACCAGUACGUCACAUACAGACAGGGUAAAUCCAAACGUGGAAACAAACCGUUUGUGCUCAGACAGCUUAGCGUCCUGCACUGAGGGGUCAAAGGUUCACCCCUGUCACGGGCUGGGCACUGACCUCCACCUGGAUGUUCCCACCCCUUCUUCUUCUUCUGUACAGCCAUCAGAGGCCUCUCAGGUAGAUGCAAACCCUGUGACCCUGACCUCGGACUCCGGUUCGCAGGUGGGGGAUGUGACCUCUGACCCAGGGGAGGUCAGCUCCGAUGACGAGGCCUUCAUCAAGGAGCAGCCGUGGGGCCGACCUAGUCCCCCCGAUGCCGCUCCUCGCCCCAGGAACACGUACGGCCGCAGGCGCAGCGCUUCAGGUGAGCUGGUUCAGGGCGAGUCUGAGCUGCAGUCCAGGAGGCCGGGCAUCAUCGAGUACUUCAGCAGCAGGAAGCAGCGACCCGUCAGUCACAGUGUUGCUGGUUGGAAGCUGUUUGGAAAAGUUCCUCCGAGACAGAGUCCAUCCAAACAGGCCCGGAUCAUCCAGCAGGAGUUUGAGGCCCGCAGCUCUCCUACCCAUCAUGCCACGCGGCAGCAGAACAGGAGGAAGGUGGAAUUUGAGCCGCUGUCGACCACAGCGCUGAUCCUGGAGGACCGCCCACCGAAUCUUCCCACCAAGUCGGCCGAGGAGACCCAGAGACACAGGCAGCAGUACGAGCAGAUGGUGGCCGGAGCCAAGAGGAGAGAGCUGAAGGAGGCUCAGAGGAGGCAGCAGCAGAUGAAGGAGAGGUUCCGACAGGAGGAGGUGAUCUCCAGCGCCACGCUGGUCUGGAACCAGCACAUCCUGCCUCACUGGGACACCAUGAGGUGGAGUCGGCGUGCUCGGGACCUGUGGUGGGGGGGCUUACCCCCCAGUGUCCGGGGACGAGUGUGGAGCCUCGCCAUCAGCAAUGAGCUGAACAUCACUGCGGAGCUGUAUGAGAUCUUUCUGUCCAGAGCGAAGGAGAAGUGGACGAGCCUCAGUGAGACAGAGUUGGAAGACGACGUGUCUCUGUCUGGCAGAGAGUCCAGUCUGGAGCUGAUCACACGGGACAUUUCCAGAACCUUCCCCUCGCUGUGCAUCUUCCAGAAGGGUGGUCCUUACCACGACCUGCUGCAAAGCAUUCUGGGAGCUUACACCUGCUACAGACCUGAUGUGGGAUAUGUGCAGGGCAUGUCCUCUGUAGCAGCCGUUUUCAUCCUGAAUAUGGACGAAAUCGCAGCUUUCGUCAGUUUCUCCAACCUGAUCAACAGACCCUGUCAGCUGGCUUUCUACAGAGUGGACCACCAGCUGAUGCUCAGGUAUUUUGGGGCCUUCCAGGUGUUAUUUGAAGAGACUCUUCCUUGUCUCUUUCUUUACUUCCAGUCUUUAAGUCUGACCCCUGACCUCUACCUCAUGGACUGGAUCCUGUCUCUCUACACAAAGCCCCUCCCUCUGGACGUGGUGUGCAGAGUUUGGGACGUUUUCUUUCGGGAUGGGGAGGAGUUCCUGUUCAGGACGGCUCUGGGCAUCCUGAGACUGUACCAGGACGUCCUGCUGCGUAUGGACCUCAUCAGCAUCGCUCAGUUCCUGUCCCGCCUCCCUGAUGAAGACCUGCUCUCUGAUAGGCUGUUCUCCUGCAUCUCAGCCACGCCCGUGCUGAGUGGGAACAGGAAGUGGAGUCAGGUGUUUAGUUCCUGCGGAGAAUCAGAGCCCAGCAGCAGCUGAACCCAGCUGCUUUUAUUUCUUUCACCUGUUUGUGUGCGGCGGUUCAUGGAAACAUGAAAACCUCUGUGGAUGUUCAUGUUUGCAGUGACAGAAUCAGUGAACUCAUCUCACCUGUAAAAUGAAAGAGCAGGUGACCUGGUUCUGGUGUCUGCUUUUCAUUCUCUGCUGUUGAGUCCAGCUCAGUCCAUGUUCCCUUUGUUCUUCUGUAUUUAUUCAACUAUGAGCUGAUAAUAAAGCGGUCACGUGA